AUGACCACCAGCUGGACCGCCACACAAUGGAUUCCCUGGAUGACUUUAAUCUCCACCUGGAUUGACGGCACAACCGCAGACCCCAGUCAGACGAUAUGUCCCGCGCCGAGUUGGCAAGUCGCCGAAGCCGAGUUCAUCCAGUGGCCUCAGUGUCCAGAGACGCGAUGGGAAGCGGACCCGGCUACUUCUCUCUCCGCGGCACAACAACAACCGUUGCUGAAAGCACCUGAGGAGACGCUCUCCGUUGUGUCUGUUUCCAUGGCUGCUUCUUCCGAGAGCAGUGCGCGGCCCGACCAUGAGCUUGAUACCGAGUCGCCGCUCGAUAAUGCGAAUUUCCUGUCGUUUGAGGAUUGGAAGAAGCAGAAUCUGGCCAAGGUUGGCCAGUCUGCGGAAAAUGUGGGCGCGCGCGGCGCUGCUGCUGCUGCUGGGAAGGAAGGGAGGCGGCGUCCCACGGGGAUUAAUAAUGCGUUGGAUUCGCUGGGUGAGGAUGUUGAGAUUGAGUUGGAUUUUGGUGGCUUUGGGGCUGAUACGCCGGAGGCGGCGAAGCCGACGUCUUGGGGGGCUCGUGUAUCGACUGGGGUUACUGAGGAGCGGGGUUCUGUCGGGGAUGUGGAUUCCCUCGCGCAGGGUGUGCCGCCGGCUGGGGGCGUGUCGAGGUCGAAGGAUGCGGGGACGACGUGCAAAGAAAGGUUCAAUUAUGCGUCGUUUGAUUGCGCUGCGACGGUGCUGAAGACGAAUCCGGAGUGUACGGGGUCGUCGUCGGUGUUGAUUGAGAACAAGGAUAGCUAUAUGCUCAAUGAGUGUCGGGCCAACAACAAGUUCUUGAUUUUGGAGCUGUGUGAUGAUAUCCUGGUUGAUACCGUGGUGUUGGCCAACUAUGAGUUUUUCAGCUCCAUCUUUCACACCUUUCGCGUCAGUGUGUCGGAUCGGUAUCCGGCGAAGUUGGACCAGUGGCGCGAGCUGGGCAUCUACGAGGCGAAGAAUACGCGCGAGGUUCAGGCAUUUGCGGUGGAGAAUCCGCUUAUUUGGGCGCGGUAUGUCAAGAUCGAGUUUCUCACGCAUUACGGGAAUGAGUUCUUUUGUCCGCUUAGCUUGAUUCGCGUGCAUGGAACGACGAUGCUGGAGGAGUAUAAGCAUGAUGGGGAGGUUAGUCGGACAGACGAUGUGGUGGCUGAUGAAGAGCCCGAGCCUGCACCGGCGGCUGCUGAGAUAGAGACAAUCCCUACGGUGGAUGUUGCACCUGCAGCAGGCACGGCAGAGCAGAAGGUGGACGAACAGACGCCAGAGACUUGCCCUAACCCCGGUCCGGUCGUUGAUGAGACGGUCAUGAUGCAGCUUCUGGGGGUGCUUGAGACAUGUAGUAUUCAUGACUCGCCAGCUGCUGGGGCUGAAGGGACUCAGACGUCUCUCAAUCGCCCGCCAGCUACUGACGCUGCGCCUCCCAAGGGCGACGAUACUGCGUCUGUUGGUAACGAAGCUCCGGCCAAGGAGGCAGGGGAGCAGAAAGUAACUGUCAGCCCGAAUGUUGACUCGGUACCUUCGUCUGCUACAACGGCAGGUCCAGAAACUACAUCACAAGGUGAAGCCGAUAGCCGGUCUACUGGCUUCACCAAGGAAGAGCAAAGCGUAGCCGCGGAGACAACGCGGUCAACAGCAACGCAGCCUCCUUCUGCGAACCCGACUACGCAAGAGUCAUUCUUCAAGUCCGUGAAUAAGCGACUACAAAUGCUGGAAUCCAACUCCAGUCUUUCCCUACUGUACAUCGAAGAGCAGUCGCGGAUCUUGCGCGACGCAUUCAACAAAGUUGAGAAACGACAGCUGGCCAAGACAUCGACGUUCUUGGAGCAACUGAACGUGACGGUGCUUCAUGAACUGAAGCAAUUCCGCGAACAGUAUGACAAUGUCUGGAAGAGCGUAGCACUCGAAUUUGAGCAUCAGCGCAUCCAGUACCAUCAGGAGGUGCAUUCGCUCAGCGCGCAGCUGGGCGUCCUCGCUGAUGAACUGGUCUUCCAGAAGCGGGUGGCCGUCAUCCAGAGCAUCAUGAUCCUGUUCUGCUUCGGACUGGUGCUCUUCUCGCGCGGCGCAGUCAGCAGCUACAUUGAGUUGCCAAGCAUGCAAAACAUGGUGUCGCGGUCGUACAGCCUGCGGUCGUCAUCACCUUCGUUUGGGUCGCCGUCUGUGAGCCCGACGUCGUCGGGACGGCGCGCGGGCGGCCACCGACGCAACCUGUCCGAGGAUUCUCAGGAAGAUGGGCCGAUUAGUCCCACACUGGCAUACUCUCCACCGACACCUGUCUCUGAUGUAAUGAGCUCGUCGGAGGAGGCAGAGAACCACAGGGGGAACUCGUUGGCACUGCCGGAGGUGGCGCCACCAGUCCGAUCGCGCAGUAGUCCGCCUGACCUCAAUGGAGGCGAGGAGUCCAUUGAAGAAUCAUCUAGCUCGGGCGAGUCAUCCGUUUCUCAUGGACGGAAUGCCGCGAUCAACUCGAUGGAAUAUCAUCGUCAGGUGUUGCAGGGGAAGCUGGAGAAUGGCGAUAAGAACCAAGCAAGCUACGUCUCUCCCUCGGAUGAUAUCAUGAGUCCGUGCUCCAAGAAGUUGAGUGAUUUGAAGGGCAAGCGGUUUAAGAAUAAUCUAUCAUGUCCGCCUCCACCCGCAUCCCCGUCAUCGCCCAACCCUUCGUUAGCGACCGGGCCAAGCGUCGAACAAUUCGUCGAAAAAGAAUGCAUCCCGUCGGAACCCAUCUUCCGCGCGCAACUCGGCACCGGCGCCCAGCGCUGGUCGACCUACCCAGCGAUCAUGGAAACGCUGAAACAGAAGGCGCGCGAACAAGGCCUCUGGAACAUGUUCCUACCCAAGAACCACUUCUCGCAGGGGGCCGGGUUCAGUAACCUCGAGUACGGGCUGAUGGCAGAGUACCUGGGCAAGAGCACGAUUGCGUCGGAGGCAACGAACAACGCCGCCCCGGACACGGGUAACAUGGAAGUGCUAGCGAAGUAUGGUAACGCGCAGCAGAAGAAGGAGUGGUUGGAGCCUCUCCUUGAGGGAAAGAUCCGGUCUGCAUUCCUCAUGACGGAGCCGGAGGUCGCCAGUAGUGAUGCUACUAAUAUUCAGUUGGAGAUUAAGAGGGAGGGGGAUGAGUGGGUGCUUAAUGGAUCUAAAUGGUGGUCCUCCGGCGCAGGCGACCCGCGAUGCGCCGUCUACCUCGUAAUGGGCAAGACGGACCCGACGAACCCAGACCCGUACAAACAACAAUCCGUGAUCCUGGUGCCGGCGCACAACACCCCGGGGAUCACGGUGCACCGGAUGCUAACCGUGUACGGGUACGACGAUGCCCCGCACGGACACGGGCACAUCACAUUCAAGAACGUGCGGGUGCCGGCCUCCAACAUCGUUCUCGGUGAAGGCCGCGGCUUUGAGAUCAUCCAAGGCCGGCUGGGUCCCGGACGUAUUCACCACGCGAUGCGGACGAUCGGGGCGGCCGAGAAGGCCCUGGAGUGGAUGAUUGCGCGGAUCAACGACGAGCGGAAGAAGCCGUUCGGGCAGAAUCUGUCUUCGCAUGGGGUGAUUCUGGAGUGGGUGGCUAAGUCGCGGAUUGAGAUUGAUGCGGCGCGGUUGAUUGUGUUGAAUGCGGCGAUUAAGAUUGAUCAGGGGGAUGCGAAGAGCGCGUUGAAGGAGAUUGCUCAGGCUAAGGUCAUGGUUCCGACGAUGGCGUGUGGGGUUAUUGAUCGCGCGGUGCAGGCGUAUGGCGCUAUGGGCGUUUGUCAGGAUACGCCGUUGGCGUAUAUGUGGGCGUGGGUGAGGACGUUGAGGAUUGCGGAUGGGCCGGAUGAGGUGCAUUUGUUGCAGAUGGGGAGGAGGGAGAAUAAGAGUAGGAAGGAGGAGGUGAGGAGGAAGUUGAAGUGGCAGGCUGAGGAGGCGGAGAGGUUGUUGGGGGUUAGUGCUGCGGGGGGAAGAGUCGGUUGUAAGUUGGGUUGA